AUGGUAUCUAGAGAGUUGCUGGAAAUCUUCCAGAGUCGGUGGUGGGCAAUACGCAUCGCUUGGAGGUUUUUGCCUGAGGAAGCUGUUUCUUUUUACUUCGAGGAGUUUAAGUAUGCUGCGAACCGGUAUUCUGACAGGCUGUCCACCUACAAGACUUCUCGUGGGAGAGCUGUGUCUAUUACAGACGACGUGUGGCAGGCCUGGAAGAGAGUUUGGGACUCUGAUGAGGCAAAGAAGAAAUCGGCCCAGGCGCGGGCCAAUCGGAUGAGCGAGACGGUCGGAGCUGGUACUGGACCGGUUCGACAUACCGGAGGCUCGAUGUCUGCUUUGAAGCAUAAGGCUGCUAGGGAGCUAGGGCAUGAGCCGACACAUGCUGAGGUGCACAAGCGGAUGCACACUCUGAAGGCUGACCCGGCACGAUUCAUGGACGAGCGCGCGAGGAUUGUAGCUGAUUUCCCUGAAAAAUGGGAGCGGUUUGAGCAGGAGAUGUUGGAUGCCACACAGACAGCCGAGGGGAGUACUGCAUCUACCCCAGUGGACCCAAACCAGGUUUAUCUCGCUGUUGAGGGGGUGAAGAAGCGGCGUGUCUACGGAUUAAGCUCAGUUGGUUCUGAGUUCGUCGCCUCUCAGCGGGUUACUUCUAGUAGACGACCCGACCGCUCCUCUCAGACCGUGUCGCUAGCCGCCGAUGAGAGAUUCCGUACUGAUCUCAUCGCUCAGUUCGCGGAUACAAUCCGUGAUCAGGUCCAGAUUGCGGUUGCAGCGGCGAUGCAGCAGAUGCAGCAGCGGCCCCAGGGAGAUGUGCUACCCACUCCUCCAUCACCUCCACCUUCACCGGCUUUUGAUGACGUGUCACAGAUGACAACACCACAGACUUGUAGUACUAUAGUGUAG